AUGUCGGGUGGAGGUGCUCCUCGUACAAUAAUGCCAGGAUCAGGGUCGGAAUGUGAGAUCGGCGCUGCCGUUGUUGCCAAACCCGCUGAGCUGGAAUGCCAGGUCACCCCGGUGACCGGACUUGCUCCAAGCGACCCAAAUUGUUCUUCUUCUUUUUCUUCUUUCCAAGAUACUCCGGACUCAGAGAUGCUGCCUAUGCCUCAUGCGCAUGACAUGGCCAAGGGAAAAGGUAGUUACCACCCCAACAGCAGCCCUUGCCCGUCUCUGGAGACCUUCAAGAAUCGGUCCUCGGCGGUGGCGGUAGCAGCAACAGCUGCUGCUGCUCCCACUACGCAGAAAACUGUUCAGUCAAGCAAAGCCUCCGGCUCUGUCUCGGGAAACUCUACUCCGAAGGCGUCUUCGUUGUCGUUGUUGUCGUUGUUGUCGUCGUUCUCAGAGAAUUGCUGCGCCUUGCUCUUACGCUUGAUCAACGUCCUACUCACUGCGGCCGAGAACCUCGCAAAGGACAAGUAUCUCAUCUUCUUGUUGAUAAUAUUGGCACUGGGAGCCGUAGUCUGGUAUUGCCUCGCGUGGGUCGAUGGUUGGGCUGCGUCGUCUGUGAGGCCUGCAAGAUUAGCUUGGGCAGGAGUUUCGACUACCUUUGGCUUUCUGGUCAACCACAUCACCAAGCUUGGCGACAUAGUCCCACUACGAAAUGUCUUCAGCCCCAUUGCUACCUUCACACAGACUCUUGGCAGCUCGGCCGAGCGUGGAGGACUGAUUAGCACGGUUCUCAGCCUCGGAGAACUCGUGACGGAUCCAUCCACGUACAAAGACCUUCUCUGUGCAAGCCAGGUUGCUUUGUGUCUCGCUCCGUGGCUAUCCUUCUGCUCCCACCCGAAAUACAGUCCAAAUUCAAGCUCAGCCUCUGAAACUACUACUACUACUACUGCUCCUACUACGAGUCUUGUUGUAUUCAAUGAAACAGGCGUCGAGCUUGGAGAAUUCGCUGGUGUGGCGGUCUCCUUGUACCCAUACAUCGCCGACUUUCAGUUGUCAAGUGUUCCGCUCACACGGGAACGGUUCCUCCUCAGAUAUUACGAGGGCGUCCAAUUUGCAGGGAGGACACCCCUUCUUUCGAAUAUGCUCCUAUAUCGGGAUGAACUUUACAACAGCAACCAAUGCUUAUGGAACAUUACCGUCCACACGAACCGCAUACUCAGGGUCAUGAUUGCCAAUUUCGAAACGGUCGCGGAAGUUGUGACCAAAGCCGAGGAACUGGACCGAAAAUCGUGGUGGGGAUUGUCAAGAGCGCACAAGUCUCAGGUGAUUGACAGGAUCGUCGGUCUUCUCGAGGUCCUUGACCAGCAAUUGCUCCAUCUCAUUGAAAACAUCGAUGGAUGUCAAAAUACUCUGGUUUUGACGGCCGACCUCAGCCAGGAGGUAGAGGGUGGCCUAAUGACUGCGAGCAGAGACGUGGGGCAACAGAUCCAGAAGGCAAGUGGCCUUUUCAAGAAACCCGACGGGGACCUGCUCGCAAUCAGCCGAGUUCUCUCGGAAACCACGCGUUACGCGGCAUCCGAGGCCCGGGAAAUCCUAGAAGUGGCAAGAAUCAAAUUGGGAGACCAUCGGAGAGACGUGCUCAACGCCAAAGAAACUCUCGACCUCUCUUUGAUCCUGUCCAGCAAAAAUGGACUGGUCCAGUUAGCGUCCAUGUUGCAAGCCGUCCUGGGCGAUCUCAGCAACGACCAGGGCAAAGUCCAGCUAGCUCAGAAGAGGCACAGAGAGGGUUUCGAUAAGAAGUCGCGGCCGCGUCGGAAGCUUUUCCCACACUGACGUGGUGGAGUUUUCGAGCACUCACGGGCCGGGAAAUCUUGUACACGAUCGAAGAGGUUUUUACCUGUCGAACCUCGAGGCCGAGAGUACCAACGUCUUCUGGUCCAUUGUGGGCUCCUUGCUUUUUCUUUCUCUCAUCACGUAUGCAG